AGAAAUAUGAGAGACAAAGUUCAAAGGAAACAGAGCGAAGAGGAAAAGGAGAAAUGGUUUCGAAAGUGGAAGUGGGUGUGCGUCUGAAUGCGAUGUUGAGGCUUCCGAUUUCGAGUAUGGGUAUGGAGUGGCGAAGCGCCAUGGCAGCGGAUGCUGGUGAAACUUGCGGCGGGACUACUGCCUAAAUCAUGGUUGCAGCAAAGGACAAUUUCCUGGGUAAAUUUAUCUUCCAAGAUACAACAUCUAGAAGUCUUGGGGCUGUCGUUUACAGAGAUGAGAAGAAGAUACAAAAGACAGCAUUUGAACAUUAUUGUGUAUUGCGGGUGGCAACUACGUUUGGAUAUGGCUACAAGCUUGUGGUAACGUUCUUCUAACCUCAAUCAUUCCUUUUACCAGUUCCUUUUCCAUCUAAUUACCAUUAACUAUUUUUCCUCUCAAGCUACCAAAAAAAAAAAGAAAAAGAAAAGAAGGAACUAUCCCACCCCCCUUCCCCAAAAAAAAAAAAAGAAGAAGAAGACGAAGGAGAAGAAAAACUCCUGUGUUGCUUUAUUUGCUACUGGUCGUUGUUUUUCAACAACUGAAGUUGUUGAGGUUAGCAUUCAAUCUUUUCUGUUAACUCCAUUAUAAUAUUGUUUAAACUAGGCAUUGGACUUUAUUAGAAGAGGACUCAGUUUAUCUGAUUCCAACUGGUUUGCUUUUAAUUGGAUAUACCAGAUUUUGGAAUCUCCAAACUGGAUUUAUACUGGAAAUGAGAAAUUCUUUGCAACUGUGAUUUCCAUUUAUGUCUGCUUGUAAUUAGCUAUAGAGAUUAGAUGGAAAAAAGAUUUUUCCUUUUCUAGCUUUUAUAUAUUCAUGUCUCAAAUUCAAUUCAGCUUUCAACAGAAGACCAGUUUAAAACAGUCGUUGACAACGUGAAAGAUUUCUUUGGUAUGCUAAUUUGAGAAGAUGACUCAUUGAACUCAACUACUUCUUAGGAGUCAUAUUUGACUUCUACAGCAAAGGCAAGUUUAACAGCUAUAAGUGAUUUAGCACAUCUAGAAAAGGUAAAGUUUAGCCAAAAAUUAGUUUCACUUGUGGUUUCUCUUCAUGAGAACUGGGAGUCAAUUUCUUCUUCAGUUCUUGCUCUAAGCUUGAUUUUAUCUAAAUAUCUCUCUUGUUUCUUAUACCAUUGUCCAAUAUACUAUGGUUUGUUGUUGGUUAGAAAAAUAAUAAAAAUGGUAACUCAAUAAAUUUUAAGACAUUAUAGCACAAAUGUAAAUUAAGAUUUAAAAUAUAA